AGCGUUUGACAGCCGCUGCUUUGCCUGUGCAGAUUGUGUCGAAACAAAACAAAAAAUAAUAAUUACCUAUGCUGAAUUUAUUUGUGAAAGAUUUCGGAUAGUUAGACAGUUACCUCUGCUUUUAUGGCCGCUGCCGUAAGGAAUAAUGUUUGGGUUGCUCCGGGGCAGGACGCGCAGUUUCUCCAGAAAACCACCGCACCACUGGCAGCCGACGGUCUGAGAGGUGAAGAUCAUGGACAAGUGCUCUGUAACACGAGGGAUGCCAUCCCGGGAACUUCAUCUUAUCAUGAUUACAAUUUGGGGAAAUCAGAGAUGGACAGCUACCUGUCUCCCCACCCACAGGACAUAGUAAAUUCCAAAAUGUUGUGCAGGGAUGGCGCUCUGAUGCUCGAGCCGCCCUUCAGCGAGGACUUUGCCUCCCCUUACAGCGUCAACAUGAGCCUGCUCCUUCCUGACGUCACGUACCUGCACCCAGGCCUCUGCAGGACUAUGAGGCAGAUUAAAACAGAGCCGUCACACUCCCUGAUGCACCCCACCUGUCAGGGCAACGGAGUGCCACCGACACUCCCAGGUGUUUUUAGCGCAGCUGAUACAGCAAGUGGUAACUUUUUCAUCAAGCAGGAAGUGGCAGAUUUCCAGGAUGUUCCCCUGUUUCAGCUUUUGAACUCUGAUUUGGAGCAGCUCGUUCACGGGUCGCAGCUGAACUCCAUCCCCAUGGUCCCGUUAAGUCUUCCAAAUGGGAACGUCCAUGUAGGCUCAGUGCAGAAUUCUGCUAAACACACAAGCGGUCCUCACGGUGAAUGUUUUCAGUUUAAUCAACACUUAGGCCAUCAGCAGAGACCUACCUAUUUGCCACCUUCUCCGCCAAACUCCGAGCCCCCAAGUCCAGACAGGGGGAAGGAGCUCCUUAGCAAUCUGUCCCCACCUCCCUCCUAUGAAGCCAGCAUCGCCUCUAAGUUAACUUUUCAGACCCAUAAUCCCAUCGAUCCAGGACAGACCUCCAGUUUAGCUUCAAUCCAAAGUGCAGACCAAAAUUCCAGUGUUGGAUUCGUCCAAAGUCCAGGUGCUGGACCAGUCCAGCACUCAAGCCUGACACCAGUUCCAACGACACCGGGUGUUGGCCCGCUGUCCCCAGAGUUGGCCCAGUCAGCUUCAGUCAAGUACAAUCGAAGGAAUAAUCCUGAUCUGGAGAGACGGCGGAUUCACCACUGUGAUGUCCCAGGAUGCAAGAAAGUAUACACCAAGUCUUCUCAUUUAAAAGCCCAUCUACGGACCCAUACAGGAGAGAAGCCUUACCGGUGCUCGUGGGAGGGAUGUGAGUGGCGCUUCGCUCGUUCUGAUGAGCUGACUCGCCAUUUCAGGAAACACACGGGGGCAAAGCCUUUCCAGUGUGGAGUAUGUAACCGCUGUUUCUCCCGCUCCGACCACCUGGCCCUCCACAUGAAGAGACACCAGCGCUAGAGACACCCCCUCCUGCAAACCAAGUCAAAUCAAAUCUUUUUUUUUUAUUUCUCAGUAAACAAGGACAAAGAACUGGCACUUACAUAUCAGCAAACUGACAAAUGAAAAACUGGUGGAUUAUUCCUCUCAUUUCCCAGUGGAGAUAUUCUUAGCAGUGCUGGCCCACAUGUCAUUGUUUCUUUUAUUGUAAAAAGAUUAAAUAUUACUGUUGCCUUAUUUUAUUUCCACGUGUGUGCCCAUUUUCAUAAGGUGUCAGUCUAAAAAAUCAUUAGCCAAAUGUAAUGAUGGAAUUAUAUUAAAUCUUUUUAAAGCCUUUAUUUUCAUUAGAUUAUGAACAACUUUUCAGGAAACAAUUCUCAUUUCAGUUUUGUCACUGUACCGAUUCUAUCUGUGUCAUAUGGGCAUUUAUUUAAUGAACUCCAAUAGCAAACUGCCAUACUGUAAGUGUUGAGGUAGAUGGAGCAUUGUUACGAACUGGGAGAUCAAAGCAUGUGUUGUUUUGGCCGGAGGGUGUGUAAUAUAAAAAGUAACACAUCAGUUAGUUAAAGUUGUACUGAGAACAAGUUGUGGAUUUCAUAAAAGGCACAGCAGGAAGAUGUGAGGAGUAAGUGAAUACUGGGACGAGCACUGUCUGCAAGCUGGUGAGGCAUGUGGUGAGCGCAGUGCUUGCAAGCUGACUUUAACACUGCCAGAGUUAUUGAACACUUUGUCACUGAGGGUAACUUGACUCAAAGCAAAACAAAAUCUGUAUUUACCUGAAAUAAAGGGGAGAUAAUGGUUAUCAGAUAUUAAUCAUAUUCAUUUGGAAUGCAUUGUCAACGUUCUGUAUCUGUGCUCUUAUAACUUAACACAUACGUGGACAUUACAGAAAGUGUUCAAUGCUUUUAGGCAGAGAUAAAUCUAAAUGGUGGAUUUUUCUUUCAUGAUCAAUACAUGGAUUUUAUUGAAUUACUGAAAAGAUUUAACGUAUUUUGAUGGGAGUUGUUUUACCCCAUGUUAACUUCAGCCACUUCAGGCAUACAGUUUUGAAUACGUGGGAUUUCAGCAGUAGAUCAGCGUUAUUUUCUUUCCCCUGGAAGUUGAUAUGUUUGACGAGCUGAUGUUCGCUCAUCUUGAUUUUAUUUCGGUUGCAAAUCAUGUGUCCCAGCAUUAGAUAUUUUGCUCUGCUCACAACAGGAUUACAACAUCACAUCACUGAUGAUCUGUCUUCCUCAGUGGUUUCAAAGCGGUGUCUCUGAGUUUGGGAUUCUUUUAUUUUUUUUUUAGACUUAGAUUGAGCACCUGCCAGUCUGAACGUCUGUGAAAGCUUUUGGUUUCUUUGACUACUCUCCAUCUAUUCAAACACCGUUUCAAAGUGCCUUUAACUGCUUUUUUUUUUUUCUUUUUUUUUUUGGAUGAAUGAAAAACAAAGCUGCCCCUUUGGGACAAUGUUCUUUUAUCAGGUACUCUCUGCCAAGAUGCUGUAUGUUGGCUGCCCCUCCUCAUUUUCACAAUACAUUAAUUUCUAUUUAUGACCAAAUUUAUUCAUAAUUUGAGUCUGGCUGAGCAAAAUUGAUUUUUGAAGUUUCUAUAAUUUGUUAAGAUGUAUAUAUUUUGUGUCUGCUGUUUGAGGAUACAAUCCAUUGAUUGUUUUUGGGUGUAUAAAGAUUUUAAACUUUGUUUUAAAUUGCAGAGACUGUUUAUUUUUUAUUUCUUGGCAAAGUCUGAGAUGGAUCAAAUUAUUGAAUUGAAUAUUGCCACAGUCCGAAGCUGUCAUCACUUUCUCCAGCCAAGGUAGCAGCUCAGUGGAGUAUGUGCCAGUGAAUUAUUGCAAUACUUUUAAAAAAUACACAGUAUAUACAUGAAAUAUUUUGACAUGGUUGAUACACAUGAGAAGUGUUCGGAUAUUUUAUGUCUUAGCUUCAUAAAAUGAAGAUGUAACCUGAAUUGAUAAAUAAAAAAAUGUGCUAUGAAGCCAUGUAACUCUCAUAAUGCAA